AUGGAGAGUGAAAAAAUAAAAUUAGAAAAUCUGAAUGAUGUGACAGAAAAAGUUAACGACGAGCCCGUCAAUGAAGACCUAAUACUGGACACAGUGUUAUCAUAUUUGGGUGAUUUGGGUCUUUACCAGAAGCUGCUGUUUAUUGGAAUGUUACCUUUUGGUUGCUGUUUAACUUUCAUCUACCUCGUGCAAAUAUUUAUAACCGUCACACCUCAAAACCAUUGGUGCAGAGUACCUGAACUGGCUAAUUUAAGUAUGGAGUUGAGACGAAACCUGUCAGCGCCAAUCACUGCCUCGGGUGAGUUUGAUCGUUGCAUGACAUUUGAUGCCAAUUGGACACAAGUAUUGCAAACGUUGCAGCCUCCACCGCCAGAUUCACCCUUGGUACCGUGCCGGAAUGGCUGGGAGUUUGAGUUAAGCGAUAUACCAUAUCAUACGGUCUCUACAGAGAGAGAAUGGGUGUGUGAUAGAGCAAGCUACGUGCCACUGGCACAAUCGCUAUAUUUCGUCGGUGCUGUGGUGGGAGGUUUAUUAUUUGGAUGGAUGGCUGACCGUUUUGGCAGAGUACCUGCCUUAGUAGGAACUAAUUUGGUUGCUGGUAUUGGUGGCGUUGCAACUGUAUUUACAACCGGCUUAGUUGAUUUUAUAAUCUGUAGAUUCCUUGUUGGAAUGGCGUUUGAUAACUGUUUUAUGAUUAUGUACAUUUUAGUCCUGGAAUACGUUGGACCUCAAUACCGCACUAUGGUAGCCAGUUUAAGUCUGGCAUUGUUCUAUGGAGGUUCAGUCACGCUGCUUCCCUGGAUCGCAUAUUUUAUUGCUGAUUGGAAAAUGUUGGCGUGGGUCACUUCGCUGCCUAUGUUUUUAGUAUUACUAGCGCCGUGGCUCAUACCAGAGAGUACAAGAUGGUUGAUUGGCAGGGGUAAGGUAAAUGAAGCCAUCAAGGUUCUUAGAAGAUUUGAAAAAAUCAAUAAAGCAAAAAUCCCCGAUGAUGUAAUGGAAGAGUUUAUUAUAACUUCAAACAAGCAAAACUUAAAGGAAAGACAAUCUUUUCUCAAUGUGUUCAAAAGUGGUCCAUUGCGUUUUGUGACAAUUGGCCUGUUGAUUUCUUUCACUGGAUGCAAUAUGGUGUUCGAUGGACUCAUCCGUCUAUCUGGUUCUUUUGGUUUGGACUUCUUCAUCACGUUUACUCUUAACUCUGGGACGGAGAUCCCAGCCCUUAUUCUACUAGUUUUUAUUCUUGAUAGAUGGGGUAGAAGAAAUCUCACUUGCGCAUCACUGACCAUGUCUGGACUCUUUUUAAUUACGGCCAUGCUCGUACCCAAAGGUAUUCCUCAAGCAACUCUGGUAAUAUUUGCAAGGUUUUGUAUUAACAUGUCAAUAACAACCGUCACACAAUGGAACACAGAAAUCUUCCCAACUCCCUUCAGAGCAUCAGGGUCGUCUAUCCUUCAUCUGUUUGCAUUCUUCGCUACUAUGUUGACACCGUUCAUUGUUUAUUCAGAACGCGUUUGGAGUUUAUUGCCGCUACUAAUAUUAGCCGCAAUAGUAUUAGUGACAGCUAGUGUUAGUUUGACAUUGCCAGAAACUAAAGGACUGCAACUGCCGCAGACUGUGGCAGAUGGUGAAAAAAUUAUCAGAGAACAAUCAUUGUGCGGGAAACCAGAAGGUAAAGACGAAGGUCCAUACCAAAGAGAAAGCACUAAAGGUCAUUAA